AGUGAACGAGGGGCGCACCGUAAUCUUAAACUUGUCCACUUCGUUCGUUUUUCUCGCUGCUUCAGUGGUCACAGCGAAGCGGACCGAGCCCGAAAAGAAGCGGUUCCUCUAGCGCUGCAGAACGAGUCAGACUGGUCGUCAUCGUCUGUAUCACUCCGGAGACUGCGGAUUCUAUCCUUCAUCUGGAUACCAAGAGUGCGCUCCGCAUCUUUGAAACAAAGAGAAGUCUGCUGACAUACAGUCAGCUGUUUUAUUUUUAGCAAGAAGAGAAAAGCCUCCAUCUGCGCGUCGGUCCAGCUGUGUUCUCUGCCCUUCCUGCGGUUUACCGACACCGGUCAGGCAGCAACAGCCUCCACCGGCGCAUGAGUGAGGUGGAAAAGCCCUAUAACAAGCUGCAACCAUGGAGGAGAUGGACUUACCCCAGAUGAAGAAGGAGGUGGAGAGUCUCAAGUAUCAGCUGGCCUUCAAAAGAGAGAAGUCCUCCAAAACCGUGACCGAUUUGGUCAAGUGGAUAGAAGACUGCGUCCCAGAGGAUCCGUUUCUCAACCCAGAGCUGAUGAAGAACAACCCGUGGGUUGAGAAAGGAAAGUGCAUCCUCCUCUAGAAGAACCCCCUGCUCUGACCAACACAUACUAAACGCCCCAGACCUGAUCCUCGCUGAGCUGCGAAGCCUCCUAACGUCUCACCGUGAAUGUAUGCCCUAGCCUGCCCCUCACAAGUACGCUGACAGAGAUGGACCCACACCCCACCGGUCCAGACUUUGGGUUCGUCCCAGAACGGACACACACUCACAGUGAGUUUAUUCCUGCCACGGCAAUGCACCAUUACCACGACCCAUACAUGUUUCUAUAUUGACAUAUGAAAACGUAUUUAUGCAGCUGCCAGUCACAUGCUUUCUCUUUACAUUUGCGGGCUUUAUGAGCUUUAAUAGGAUAACGUGUCACAUACUCACUGCUGGUUUUGGGCUGUAUCUCCUGGGAGCCUGUUGUUAUGAAGGGAUCACUGGAUUUGUAACAACACUAAAUUAGGCUGAUCUGUAAGUGCAUGGACACACUUUACUGCCCCUGGAAUCUGUCCUAUAAGACACAAGAGACCUACAUUUAAAGCACAAUGACACUAAGUGUACCACAAUAAAGUCAUGACUUCAUUUGUAUACUUGCCUAAGGACAGUAAAGCAGGGUAGUAGUUAUGUGUGUCAUCAUCUUGAAUUUAGCUACAUACUAAUACAGUUAUUUUAAAUGUGUCUAAAGUGAAAUAUAAAAAUUAAACCUUAUGAACUUACUCUAUUCUUUAUGAAUUAUCCUUACCAGCUAUUUUAAAACUGUAAAUUUGCACCACAAACAUAAAAACAAAUCAAAUAAACAUUAGUCUAAUUAUAAAGAAAAGAAACAUUUGUUUGAUAGAAUCUGUCUUAUUCAUUUUCAUGAAGGUGUCACUUUGCUUGAAAUCAACUGGCUCCGUAGGUAUACUGGGGAUAAUGGAGCACACUUUCACAAAGCGUCUAUGUUAAAGUGCUGUAAUUUUUAUUCUCUGUUUACGUCCUUACGUGGGCCAGGGUGUGUUUCAUUUGUAACAUCUUGUAAAACCUGAACACCACCCAAAAAGUCAGACAACUGAUGCAAAUACCCAGAAAAAAUAACAUACAAGUUACAAGACAAUUUAUUCAAAUUAGCCACGUUUUCAUCUUCCCAGUGUGACUCACAGGGUCUUCAUGGUUUGGAUCCCGCAGAGCUGGUGAAUGGUGGUUACACGUCACAUUUGUAUUGUGAGGACAAGAUCCUAAACCGUGUUUCUACAGUGUUGAGUGUUUCCUAGCAGAUCACACAUGCACAUGCACAUGUACAUGUACUGUACAGAUAGACCCCUUUAACUUAUUGAUCAACUUGUUUUGGUUUAUUUAUUUAUUUAUUUAUUACCUUUACUUUUUGAGCUUAUGGUCUUUUUGUCAUGUCUGCAUUAUUCUUCAACUUUAAAAAAACCCAAAAAAUAAAUAAAUCAUUAAAAAAACAACUAAAGGUCGACACACUUGCCAGAUAAUCAUCUAUUACUGCCUUGUACACAGUCUCCUUAAUGCAAGAAUGUAUAUAUGAGACGUGAGGUGCAAAACAUCACAGACGACCUCAGAACCAACCUGUGUGCAUGUGACUGUGUCACUGUGUGUUUAUGUGUGCAUGCUUGUUUUUUUAAUUUAUUAGAGCGUGUAGGGUGCAUAUAGGCUGAAGCAGGUUGUAAACAAACACACACACACACACACACACACACACACACACACACACACACACACACACACACACACACACGUAGCAUCAUUGUACACAGGCAAGCCGAUCAGAUCAACAGCCACACACACACACACACACACACACACACACACACACACACACACACACACACACACACACACACACACUGCUGGUGUGUAUGCAGGAUGGAGGCAAGGAAGAGACACUCUUUAAAUGACUUGGGACAGGCGAGCCUCACAUCACUUCAGAACCAUAAUGAGAUUUGUUAUAUACAAUCUGAGUCAAAAAAAAUUAGUCACCUCCCUAAAAACUGCUCACUGCUCAUUGGUCGAAGUGCAAAUGCUUAAUUUUUGGACCUAAAAGACUCAAUCUGAACAGAUCCAAUGUGUACUAAUUAAUUAUUGAUAAUAAUUGACGUAGAGUGUAAUAAAUCAGAAACUGUUGAUACUGAUGAUCCCGACUCAGCCUGCCCUUGGUCCAUUUCUUUCUGUCUGGCUACUGUACUUUGUUUGGUUUUCUUUUUAUAUAACCUCAACCUACGUAUGUAUGUACUGUAUGUUAUUACAAUUAUAACAAUGGCAGCAUAAAACCCUGUCUGAAUAUCUAGCAGCAUAUUCCUUGUGAGAGUGCUUUGAAAAUUAUUAUGCAUCAGAUUGAGUCCUAGUAUAAAAAUGACAAUAAGCAAUAAAUGAAAGAUCAUUUUUAAUAAAUGUUUUACAAACAUGUAUCUGACUGAAUAAAGUAAACGAUUUCUAGAGA